GUAGUGUGUGUCAAAGGCAGAAAAUUCAGCCUACUCCUAAAAGGAAAAAGAAGUUGAGAUAGGGGAUCAUGUGGGGAUGCACACAGCUCAUUUCUUUGCCCAGAGGAACUGUUGGAAAUAUUUGAAAUAGCCCGGCACAAAACUUUUGCUUUUCACACGCUUUUCAGUACUGAAAACAGUCUGUAGCAUACAUUAAGGAGAAAAACUAAAAAUCAGUUACGGGAGGGCAUGGUUGCAGUAAAACUGAUUAAAUUUAUGGUAACAUUUUCAAGAGACUACCUUUAUAUUUACAGUUGGUCCUAUUAAAAGGCAGUUUUAUUUAGCCAUUAAUGCUAUCUAGUCAGGAUACAUCUGGACUAGACAUUUGUUCCUAAAUUGCAACAAAGUUGGAGCUGAGAAAGGCACGUCCAGCUACUAUUGAAACAUUUAGCUGGCGGUUUUUCCACUACACAGACUUUAAGGUAACUACAGUCUCUCCGGUUAGUCUCCGCCCCUCCUCAGAUUGAGUGUAGUUGGCUAAAAACUUGCAUGAUAUCUCUCGACUGUGUGCAUUUUUUUGCCGAUUAUCUUCCACAAUAGAACAUCAACAUCUCUGAAGGUCUAAAUUUUAAGAGGUAUGAUUAUUUCAGAGACAGAUAUGCUUGUUGUGAGGAAAAUGUACCACACCGUCGUCACGUUUGUUGUAUCUGGGGUGUUCCCGCUAUUUUAUGUAGCUCAAGCAGCAAAGCUAACCUAGCUAGCGUGUUGUUGAUUCCUAGUCAGCCUGCUGGGAAGAGGCCGCCCACCUACGAGGCAGAAACCCACAGUAUUAGCCAACUUCCACAAAGGCUAGGCUAACGCUGGCUCCCUCGGACUUUUGCUUCCUCUUCGGCUUGAAAAUAGAAAUAACGUUGGUUGUUAUAGCAGUCGCUAGUUAGCUGUUUUGCUAACAGCACAGUGGAGAAGCUGCGUACUGUCGCGGUGCUGAUUACCGUCCAACCACAAACUCAGGAAUGUCUAAAAGUGAGCCAGAAGAGAUGAUAGAGAUCGAGAUAGAUGAACGGGAGAAACAGGCAUGCCUGGAAGAAGGUGUUGAGGAGCAGACCAUCACUGCGUCAGAUUUGAUUCAGCAAGAUAUCGACAUAAACGAACCAAUUGGUAAUCUGAAGAAGCUUUUGGAGCCUCGUAUCCAAAUCUCAUUGGAUGCUUAUGAAAUUUGUUUGCAGGACAUUCAGCUCCACCCUGAUCACAGUCUCUUCGAUCAGGGAGUAAAGACCGAUGGCACAGUGCAGCUCAGCCUGCAGAUAAUAACCAAACCAGGAGAGGAGAGGUUGAACAUCUUGGAGAUUGUAAAGCCAGUAGAAACAGUUGAAGUAGUGAUUGAUCCAGAUGCAGCAGGGGAAGAGGGUGCUCUGGUGGAGGAGGGACAGCUUAUUGCUGUAGAGCGGUCUGCCCUGUCUGAUGAGACCUCAGAGCAGGUUACACGUUGGGCCGCAGCUCUCGAAGGCUACCGGAAAGAGCAAGUCCGCCUGGGCAUACCGUACGACCCUAUGCUCUGGUCUGCUGAUCAGGUGAUCCACUGGGCUGUGUGGGUAAUGAAAGAGUUUAACAUUGAUGAGAUGGAAAUAGGAAGCAUUCACAUCCCAGGGCGAGACCUCUGCACUUUCACUCAGGAGGAGUUCCUUCAGAAAGUGCCCAAUGGAGAGAUACUCUGGAGUCACCUGGAACUCCUUCGCAAAUACGUGUUGGCCAGCCAGGACCAGUCUGGAGGAGACGCCACCGUCACGAUUGAUCAGCCUGUGCAGAUAAUCCCAGCUCAAGUGAGCACACCCACUGCUAUAAAGGUGUUGAAACAGAACCGUGGUCCCAGAGCACCUCGCAUUUCAGGAGGGGAGGAGCGCAGCUCACCUGGGAACCGUACAGGUAACAAUGGUCAGAUCCAGCUGUGGCAGUUUCUGCUCGAGCUGCUGACCGACAAGGACGCAAGAGACUGCAUCUCCUGGGUAGGCGAGGAGGGAGAGUUCAAACUCAACCAGCCUGAGCUCGUGGCACAGAAAUGGGGGCAACGCAAGAACAAGCCUACCAUGAACUAUGAGAAGCUCAGUCGAGCCCUCAGAUACUACUACGACGGGGACAUGAUCUGCAAGGUGCAGGGAAAGCGCUUUGUCUACAAGUUUGUGUGUGACCUGAGGACUCUGAUUGGCUACAGCGCUGCUGAGCUCAACAGCCUGGUGACCGAGUGUGAGCAGAAGAAACUGGCUCGCAUGCAGAUGCACGGCAUCGGGCAGCCGAUCACUACAGUGACCCUGGCCACCACGACGCUAGACAAGGACAGCUGAAGGUCGUCACAUUAUAGCGCUUGUCAAGUGUUGCGGACAAAACGUGUGCUCCACCGCUGAUAAAAAACGUCUCUCAGACACAGAAAUGCAAAGCUGGUCUCUGAUCAGCAUGGAUUACCACCUUUAUUAUUGUCUUUACAGUUUGAUUCAAGUUAGACUGAGACAGGUGAAGUUUUUUUUUUUAGCUUUUCUGUUACUCUAAUCAAGAGAAGAGUGUUCAGAAUGAAGGGAGAAUGUCUUUCUGAUUACUGAUUGUUGCGUGCAUGUCACUGAAUGCUUGAGUGUGACUGAAAAAAUCCAGUUAAGAGCUUUGUGUUGUGUGUUCCUUGUCUGUAGUUAGGACCAUUUCCACUGUAUAUACCGGUAUUUCAUGUUUUUGAUAGCCACAAGGGCAAGUGUAUUUUCAUAUUUUCCAUUUAUAGAGGACCCGUUUUGUAUUUUAUUUAGUUUGUUCCCUGAAUUAUUGGACCCUUUUUGUCCACUGGGGGAAUAAAGUGGCAAGCAUUUUCUUAA